GCAUCUCGGGCCGCUCCUCCCGCGCCGCCCUCCGCCCCCAGCCUCCCGGCGCCGCGGCAGCUCUGGGCAGGCAGCGCCGCCGCCGCCGCCGCUUCCUCCUCUGCAGCCGUUCGGCCGCUGCGUGACGCGUCGUUUCCUCCCAACAUGGCGGCCGGGGCAGGUCGGCGGUGAUGGAGGCCAGGCAGCGGCCGCGGCGGGUGCUAAUCCCCACAGUAGCCAGGGCAGCCCUGCUCUCGCCGGGCCUCUGAGCUGCCGCCGCCGCCGCCCCGUCCCUUGGCUCCUGCCAGACGGCCGCCUGGGCCGGGCUCCCUCACCGCCGCCGGGCCGGAGGGACGAGUGAGGGGGGCGGCCGGGAAGGGACCCCCGGGCCAGGUCUAGCAGCGGAGGCGCGACGGGCGCGGCCCUCGAGGGGCGGCUUCUCGGGGGCGGCGAGGACCUCGACGCCCCUGGCCGGUACCGCGACUGGUCCCGCUCGCCCGCCCCUUUCUGAUCCUGUCGCUGCCCUCCACGCCUCCUCUCCCCCACUCCCACCCCCUCUCCUUUUUCUCUUCUCUUCCUCCCCCUCCUCCACCUCCUCCUCCUCCCCUCCAGCCGUUGGGAGCCGCGGGUCGGACGAGCCGCCGCCUCCUUCUUUGCGUCCAUGUAUGAGGGGAAGAAGACGAAGAACAUGUUCCUGACCCGGGCCCUGGAGAAGAUUUUGGCCGACAAGGAAGUGAAGAAGGCGCAUCACUCCCAGCUGCGCAAAGCUUGCGAGGUGGCGUUAGAGGAAAUAAAAGCGGAAACUGAAAAACAGAGUCCUCCUCAUGGAGGAGAAGCAAAAGCUGGAUCAGGCACCCUUCCACCAGUGAAAUCGAAGACGAAUUUUAUUGAAGCAGACAAGUACUUCUUACCCUUUGAGUUGGCAUGCCAGUCCAAAUGUCCCCGCAUAGUUAGUACAUCUCUAGAUUGUUUACAGAAACUUAUUGCUUAUGGGCACUUGACUGGCAAUGCUCCAGAUAGUACAACACCAGGCAAAAAAUUAAUUGAUAGAAUUAUUGAAACAAUAUGUGGCUGCUUCCAAGGUCCUCAGACAGAUGAAGGAGUUCAGUUGCAGAUAAUAAAGGCUUUACUUACUGCAGUAACAUCACAACACAUAGAAAUUCAUGAAGGGACUGUACUGCAAGCUGUGAGAACAUGUUACAAUAUCUAUCUAGCAAGCAAAAAUCUCAUCAAUCAGACAACAGCCAAAGCUACUCUUACUCAGAUGCUAAAUGUUAUCUUUGCACGCAUGGAAAACCAAGCAUUACAAGAAGCCAAACAAAUGGAAAAAGAAAGGCAUCGACAGCAUCAUCAUCUUUUGCAGUCUCCAGUAAGCCAUCAUGAGCCUGAGUCACCUCAACUUAGAUAUUUGCCACCUCAGACUGUUGAUCAUAUAUCCCAAGAACACGAAGGGGACCUUGACCCCCAUACAAAUGAUGUAGAUAAAAGUCUUCAGGAUGACACAGAGCCUGAAAAUGGAUCUGAUAUUUCCAGUGCAGAAAAUGAACAGACUGAAGCUGAUCAGGCAACUGCAGCUGAAACAUUAUCUAAAAAUGAUAUAUUAUAUGAUGGAGAAAACCAUGAUUGUGAGGAAAAGCCACAAGACAUUGUACAGAGCAUUGUAGAAGAAAUGGUGAACAUUGUUGUUGGAGAUAUGGGAGAAGGGACUACUAUAAAUGCAAGUGCAGAUGGCAACAUUGGAGCUAUAGAGGAUGGUAGUGACAGCGAAAAUAUUCAAGCAAAUGGAAUUCCAGGAACACCAAUUUCUGUUGCAUAUACACCAUCCUUACCUGACGACAGAUUGUCAGUCUCUUCCAAUGAUACUCAGGAAUCUGGAAAUUCUUCAGGACCUUCACCUGGUGCUAAGUUUUCCCAUAUUUUACAAAAGGAUGCCUUUCUAGUAUUCAGGUCAUUGUGUAAACUGUCAAUGAAACCACUGUCAGAUGGACCGCCAGACCCAAAGUCUCAUGAGUUACGAUCCAAGAUUCUUUCGUUGCAGUUACUUCUGUCCAUUCUGCAGAAUGCAGGACCCGUUUUCAGGACAAAUGAGAUGUUUAUUAAUGCUAUUAAGCAGUAUCUUUGUGUUGCACUCUCAAAAAAUGGAGUCUCAUCUGUUCCAGAGGUUUUUGAGCUUUCUCUUUCUAUAUUUCUUACUCUGUUGUCAAACUUCAAGACACAUCUGAAGAUGCAAAUUGAGGUGUUCUUUAAAGAAAUUUUCUUAUACAUUUUGGAAACAUCUACCAGCUCAUUUGAUCACAAAUGGAUGGUUAUUCAGACACUGACAAGGAUUUGUGCAGAUGCUCAAAGUGUAGUGGAUAUUUAUGUAAACUAUGACUGUGACUUAAAUGCAGCCAAUAUAUUUGAAAGACUAGUAAAUGAUCUAUCAAAAAUCGCUCAAGGAAGGGGCAGUCAAGAACUUGGUAUGAGUAAUAUUCAGGAAUUGAGCCUAAGGAAAAAAGGUUUAGAAUGCUUAGUGUCAAUUUUGAAGUGUAUGGUUGAAUGGAGUAAGGAUCAGUAUGUGAAUCCCAACUCUCAGACAACUCUUGGUCAGGAGAAACCCUCAGAGCAAGACAUGAAUGAAAUCAAACACCCCGAGACAAUAAACAGAUAUGGAAGUUUAAAUUCCUUGGAGUCAACAUCAUCAUCAGGAAUAGGCAGCUACAGUACACAGAUGUCUGGCACUGAUAAUCCAGAACAAUUUGAGGUCCUAAAGCAACAAAAAGAAAUAAUAGAACAAGGGAUAGAUUUAUUCAAUAAGAAGCCAAAGAGAGGAAUACAGUACCUCCAAGAACAGGGGAUGCUUGGCACUACACCUGAAGAUAUUGCCCAAUUCUUACAUCAAGAGGAAAGAUUAGACUCUACUCAAGUGGGUGAAUUCCUGGGAGAUAAUGAUAAAUUUAACAAAGAAGUCAUGUAUGCAUAUGUGGACCAACAUGACUUUUCAGGAAAGGACUUUGUUUCAGCUCUUCGCAUGUUUCUGGAAGGAUUCCGUCUUCCAGGGGAAGCUCAGAAAAUUGACCGAUUAAUGGAAAAAUUUGCUGCAAGAUACCUAGAAUGCAACCAAGGACAAACCCUUUUUGCUAGUGCAGAUACUGCUUAUGUUUUGGCUUACUCAAUUAUCAUGUUGACCACUGACCUUCACAGUCCACAGGUUAAAAAUAAAAUGACGAAGGAACAGUACAUUAAGAUGAAUAGAGGUAUUAAUGACAGUAAAGACCUUCCUGAAGAGUAUCUAUCAGCCAUCUAUAAUGAAAUAGCCGGGAAAAAGAUAUCAAUGAAAGAAACAAAAGAACUAACAAUCCCUACAAAAUCAAGUAAACAAAAUGUAGCCAGUGAAAAACAAAGAAGACUUCUGUAUAACUUAGAAAUGGAACAGAUGGCCAAGACAGCUAAGGCACUCAUGGAGGCUGUGAGCCAUGUUCAGGCACCUUUUACAAGUGCAACACAUUUGGAGCAUGUGAGGCCCAUGUUUAAGUUGGCUUGGACACCUUUUCUGGCUGCAUUCAGUGUGGGUCUUCAAGAUUGUGAUGAUACCGAAGUAGCCUCUCUUUGCCUGGAAGGUAUAAGAUGUGCAAUCAGAAUUGCAUGCAUUUUCAGCAUUCAGCUGGAAAGAGAUGCAUAUGUCCAGGCACUAGCAAGAUUUACCUUACUUACAGUGAGUUCUGGUAUUACUGAAAUGAAACAAAAGAACAUAGACACAAUAAAAACACUUAUUACAGUGGCUCAUACAGAUGGAAAUUAUUUAGGAAAUUCCUGGCAUGAGAUUCUGAAGUGCAUCAGUCAGUUGGAGCUGGCACAACUUAUAGGAACUGGAGUGAAACCUCGAUACAUUUCUGGAACAGUGCGAGGCAGAGAAGGAUCUCUUACUGGAACAAAAGAUCAGGCUCCUGAUGAAUUUGUGGGUCUGGGGUUAGUUGGAGGAAAUGUGGACUGGAAGCAGAUAGCGAGUAUUCAGGAAUCCAUUGGAGAAACCAGUUCUCAAAGUGUUGUUGUUGCUGUAGAUAGAAUAUUCACAGGAUCUACAAGGCUAGAUGGGAAUGCUAUUGUGGAUUUUGUGCGUUGGCUCUGUGCUGUGUCUAUGGAUGAAUUACUUUCCACUACACAUCCAAGAAUGUUUAGUCUACAAAAAAUAGUAGAAAUAUCAUACUACAACAUGGGAAGAAUAAGAUUGCAGUGGUCUCGAAUUUGGGAAGUUAUUGGAGAUCAUUUUAAUAAGGUUGGCUGUAAUCCUAAUGAAGAUGUGGCUAUUUUUGCAGUAGACUCCUUGAGGCAGUUGUCAAUGAAGUUCUUAGAGAAAGGGGAGCUUGCUAAUUUCAGGUUCCAGAAGGAUUUCUUAAGACCUUUUGAACAUAUAAUGAAACGGAACAGGUCUCCAACAAUUCGAGAUAUGGUUGUACGGUGUAUAGCACAGAUGGUUAAUUCUCAAGCUGCUAACAUUCGAUCUGGAUGGAAGAACAUUUUCUCUGUAUUUCAUCUAGCUGCAUCCGAUCAAGAUGAAAGCAUAGUGGAACUUGCUUUCCAAACAACUGGGCACAUUGUCACCCUUGUAUUUGAAAAACACUUUCCAGCGACCAUUGAUUCCUUCCAGGAUGCAGUGAAGUGUUUGUCUGAAUUUGCAUGCAAUGCAGCUUUCCCAGACACAAGUAUGGAAGCAAUUCGACUUAUUCGCCAUUGUGCAAAAUAUGUGUCUGAUAGACCUCAGGCUUUCAAGGAAUACACAAGUGAUGAUAUGAAUGUGGCACCUGAAGACAGGGUGUGGGUGAGAGGAUGGUUCCCAAUUCUCUUUGAAUUAUCCUGUAUCAUCAAUAGAUGCAAAUUAGAUGUAAGAACCAGGGGUUUAACAGUAAUGUUUGAAAUAAUGAAAACAUAUGGCCACACUUACGAAAAACACUGGUGGCAGGAUUUAUUUAGAAUUGUUUUCAGAAUCUUUGACAAUAUGAAAUUGCCAGAACAACAGACUGAGAAAGCUGAGUGGAUGACAACAACUUGCAAUCAUGCACUGUAUGCAAUCUGUGAUGUAUUCACCCAAUAUUUAGAAGUACUCAGUGAUGUACUUUUGGAUGAUAUUUUUGCCCAGCUCUACUGGUGUGUGCAGCAAGACAAUGAGCAGUUAGCACGAUCUGGUACAAACUGCUUAGAGAACGUUGUUAUUCUGAAUGGUGAAAAAUUUACCCUAGAAAUCUGGGAUAAAACUUGUAACUGCACACUGGAUAUCUUCAAAACCACAAUCCCACAUGCGCUCUUGACCUGGCGUCCUACUUCUGGAGAAACUGCCCACCCACCUCCAUCUCCUGUGAGUGAAAAACCAUUGGAUACAAUAUCACAGAAAUCUGUAGAUAUUCAUGAUUCUAUUCAACCAAGAUCUGCAGAUAAUAGACAGCAAGCACCACUGGUUUCUGUCUCUACUGUGAAUGAAGAAGUCAGCAAAACGAAAUCUACAGCGAAAUUUCCAGAACAAAAAUUGUUUGCUGCCCUGUUGAUUAAAUGUGUUGUGCAGCUGGAACUCAUCCAAACUAUCGACAACAUUGUGUUCUUCCCAGCCACAAGUAAAAAAGAAGAUGCGGAAAACCUAGCUGCAGCCCAGAGAGAUGCAGUGGACUUUGAUGUUCGAGUUGAUACUCAAGACCAAGGAAUGUAUCGCUUUUUAACAUCACAACAACUUUUUAAGCUACUGGACUGCUUGUUAGAAUCGCAUAGAUUUGCAAAAGCGUUUAAUUCCAACAACGAACAGCGGACUGCCCUGUGGAAAGCAGGCUUCAAAGGCAAGUCUAAGCCCAACCUUCUGAAGCAGGAGACCAGCAGCCUGGCCUGUGGGCUGCGCAUUCUCUUCCGGAUGUACAUGGACGAGAGCCGGGUUAGUGCCUGGGAGGAGGUCCAGCAGAGGCUUUUGAAUGUCUGCAGUGAAGCACUAAGUUACUUCCUCACUCUAACAUCAGAAAGUCAUCGGGAAGCCUGGACUAACUUACUGCUUUUGUUUCUAACUAAAGUUCUAAAGAUAAGCGAUAAUAGGUUUAAAGCUCAUGCAUCAUUCUACUACCCUCUCUUAUGUGAAAUUAUGCAAUUUGACUUGAUUCCUGAACUGCGUGCUGUUCUUAGAAGAUUUUUUCUGCGAAUCGGAGUAGUUUUUCAGAUAUCACAACCACCUGAACAGGAACUUGGAAUAAACAAGCAAUGAUGGGAACUUAAUAUUUUUCUGUUGGUGUUUACAUCCCUCCGCUCUUUAAAAGGACCCUGGAGCCGAGGUUUCCUACCUGAAAAUGAAUUCUUUGAAUUGCAGUGUCUGAGGCUGACUGGGAAAGAUGCUUAGAACUAAUACUCAAAACUUGCAACACUCCAGUCCCUUUACCUGGCGGAUUCUGUGUGUCACGUUGGGCUCAUGUUGAGCAGAAAGCAUGUGUAAACAUGUGUCAGCUUAUGCUCACGGGUCCUCCCUGUCAUCCGUGGCAGGGAGAGCCUCACAUAUUUUUGGCAGGUGUGGGAGUGAAACUUACCCAAAGAACUAUAGAUGUAAAGAUUGAACUUCUGCAAGAAGUACAACUCAGGAGAGCUGUAUUUUGAAGGAUAAAAUGUUUAUAAUUGGGGGGUGGGGGGAGAGGAAGAAAUUAUUGUUCAUGGUAAAAGAUAUUUAGCAACUAUGGUAUUCUUAUUCUGAAGAUUUUUGCACACUCAGGCUAUCUGAGAUACUGGUAAUCAUCCUUCUGUGAAAAAUGUACAGAGAUGCAGGUCUGUAAUAUAAAAAUCUAAAACAUUAUAUAGUUCUUCCUGCACUGUUUUCUUUAUUUUCUUAUUCAUUUGCUAAAUACCCAUAAUAUUUUGUCAAAUGCACUAAACAUCUGGGUUGAACUUUUUGUCUUUUUUAUUUUGUGGGAGUUUUUAGUUUUGCCCUUUUUCGGGGGGGGGGGGGGGGGGGGGGUGGUAAUUUUGAGGAUUUAACAUGCCCAGAAGCUGUUGUGGCUGACACUUGUCAAGAUCAACAACAGGAAGGAAAAAAAAAAAGGUAGAAACUAUCCCUCCUGACAAUAACUACCUGUAAUAUGUACUUCUCUUAGGGCUUCUAAAGAUGAGCCAUUAAAAUAGAAUGAUCCUUCACGACCGAAACUUGAAUCACUGCAAAACGAAUCUAGGUUGCUGUCAUUUUCUUUUCUUUUGGGUGGCGGGGCUUGAUGUAGAUUUUACUCUGUGUACAGAAUUUAAUGUUGAAUAUAUUAAAAUAACAACAAAUCUGGCAUGGUUUGCAGAGGUUAGAUUUACUGGAAAUGUAUUCAUACUGUGAAUUGUGUUCUGAUGGUUAACAGACAAGAUUGUCAAGCAUUCCGUAUUAAUAGUGGAUGUAGAAAAUUUUUUCAGAUGGAUAAAAUGUAUAUGGUACAGAUGUAAAGUUUUCUAUGUAAAAAAUUCUGUACAACUUUCUGUACAAUACUGAUUCUCAUCUGGCAUAUUCUAAUCAGGUUAUAGGUCAAUAAAGUUUUUGAAUUAUUUCA